GCCUCGGCAGAGUACCACGCGACCAGCCGGAAGCAGACGAGCCGGCCCCGCACCCACAGCACCUCGAAGCGAGGGUCGGCACGCACCUGCGCACAGCGGAGAGCGGCUUUGAAGAGCCCCUCCCCCCGCAGCGCACAGCACGACGCGGCAAGCUCCCACCCGCCGCGCGAACGUCGCCGCGGCCUCCUCCGCCGGCGACGCCGCCUCCGGCUCGCUCGGCGGCGGCACCACCUCCCCCUCCGGCGGCACCACCUCCCCCUCCGUCGCCGGCUCGGACCGCUCGCUGUCGCACGCAAAGCACGCCUGCGCGCCGUGUCUCGGACGCGUCUCGGACGCGCCUCGCAUGCACCUCGUGGACGCGGCUUCGCCGUCGCGCGCAGAGCUCGCCUCCGCGUCGGCGUCGUCACUCAUGCCUUCGCGGUACUUUCGCACGCCGUCCUCGCAGCCGCCCUCCGCCCCGGCGGCGGAGAGCUGCGCCUCGUGCUGCGCCUCGUGCUGCACCUCGCACCUCCGCAGCUCCUCGAGGAGGCGCACCUACACCGAAGCACCACACUGCUCCGCCGUGAGCGGCGCCUGCCGCAGACCUCCAACUCUCGACAGGAGCCUCGUCUAGCCUCCGCCCGCCAAUCAGCACCAGCUCGCUGCUCCGCGCCUCGCUGCUCCGCUCCGCCUCGCCGCCGCCGCCGCUGCCGCUGCCGGGCCGGUGGCGCGUCGCGGUGACCUCGAGGCGCGGACCGCACAUCUGCAGCGUGAGCCAGUAGCUGCCGCACUCUGCAAAGCGGAGGAAG